AUAUGGGUUGGUAAUUUGUCGUUUAAGACGACGGAUAGGAUGGUGCGGAGCUUUUUUAAGGAUGCUGGGAGGGUCACUCGUGUCCGUAUGCCAGUGCAGAAAGGGGGUAGUGCCAGCCAAUCCCAGAAUCGAGGGUUUGCAUACGUCUAUUUUGACAGCAAGGAAGCCAAGCAAGAAGCUAUAUCGUACUCUGAACGUGAAUUGGACGGCAGACGUCUAUUAAUUAAGGAUGGAACCGACUUUUCUGGAAGGCCGCAACCUGAUCCACUUGCGCAGAAGGCACUCCAGAAACAACAGUCUUCACCUGGGUAUUUUCUCUUCGUUGGCAACCUUCCCUUUGAGGCUACUGCUCAGAGCCUACGUGAAUUCUUUGGGGCCCACGAACAAUCACGCAACAUGGAUGGGAUAGGUCAAUUCCCAGACAGCGGCAGGUGUAAAGGGUGGGCGCUUCUGGAAUAUUCGUCAGAACAGGAAGCCACCGCUGCGCUGAAUGAUCCAAGGAAUCAUGUUAUGGAUGGCCGUAACCUUGUGGUUGAAUUCUCCAAUCCCGAAGCG